AUGGAUCACAGACUCUCCAGAGGCAGUUGGGUACCGGUGACUGGGCUUGUCAUAUCUCUGCUUUUGUGUGCUUGUGUGGUGGACCUGGUUCUAGCGCAAAUUCGGUACUCAAUUCCCGAGGAGCUGGAACAUGGAGCUUUUGUAGGCAACAUCGCAGAAGAUCUCGGCUUGGAUGUGGCUAAGCUGUCUGCCCGUCGCUUCCGUAUAGUGUCCGGUGCAAAAAAGCAGUAUUUAGAAGUGAACUUGGAAAAUGGCAUUCUCUUCGUCAACGAAAAAAUAGACAGAGAGGAGCUUUGUGAACGAAGCCCGAACUGUUUUUUACACUUACAAGUGGUUAUUGAAAACCCAUUAGAACUCUACAGAGUGGAAGUGGAGAUUUUAGAUGUAAAUGACAACUCUCCCAGUUUCCCAUGGAGCGAGUUUAAUCUUGACAUCACGGAGUCGGCUGCGCCUGGCUCCUGUUUCCCGUUGGAGAGCGCACAGGACCAGGACGUGGGCACCAACUCUCUGCGCUCCUACCAGCUCAGCGCAAACGAGCACUUCGUACUGAAUAUUCAGACGCGCAACGACGGAAGCAAGUUUGCUGAGCUUGUGCUGGACACUCCACUGGACCGGGAACAGCAGAAAAAGCACGAAAUGGUUCUGACUGCUUUUGACGGGGGGUCACCGGAACGCUCUGGGACAGCAUUGAUAACUAUUACAGUAUUAGAUGCAAACGAUAACGUGCCCGUAUUUGAUCGUUCAGUUUACCGGGCGAGCCUGGUGGAGAACGCACCGAGAGGGACGCUGGUCCUGAAGCUGAACGCCACCGAUCUGGAUGAAGGCUCGAAUGGGGAGGUGACCUACGCGUUUAGUGGGCACGCGCCACUCAAGGUGCGUGAACUGUUCAGCGUUGACCCGUACACGGGUGAAAUCAGAGUGAAAGGCAUUGUGGACUAUGAGAAAGCCAGUGUAUAUGAACUGUAUGUGCAGGCAAAAGACAGGGGACCCUCGGCUGUGGCAGUUCACAGUAAAGUGCUGGUAGACAUCCUGGACGUGAAUGACAACGCGCCCGAAGUCAUCCUCACAUCAGUGUCCACUCCUGUUCAGGAAGAUGCGCCACCGGGCACGGUGAUAGCUGUGAUCAGUGUCAUGGACCGGGACUCGGGAGAGAACGGGAAUGUGGAUUGCCAAAUUCCAAGCAACGUUCCCUUUCAGCUCCACUCAUCCUUUAAAAACUAUUACACUCUAGUGACAAGCGAGUAUCUGGACAGGGAAGCGGUGUCCGAAUACAAUAUCACGCUCACAGCCCGCGACUUGGGCUCUCCCUCACUCUCCACCAGGAAAACCAUCCUCGUCCAAGUGUCUGACAUUAAUGACAACCCCCCGCGGUUCUCUCAACCUUCAUACACAGUGUAUGUGACAGAGAAUAAUGCCCCGGGCGCUUCCAUUUGCUCUGUAACUGCAUUCGACCCCGAUUCUAACCAGAACGCCUAUCUGUCUUAUUCUAUUCUCGAGGGUCAGAUUCAGGGUAUGCCAGUGUCCACUUAUGUCUCCAUCAACUCUGACAACGGCAAUAUCUACGCACUGCGCUCUUUUGAUUACGAGCAACUUAGAAACUUUCAGAUUCUGGUACAGGCUCAGGAUGCCGGUUUCCCUCCUCUCGCCAGUAAUGUCACUGUCAACGUCUUUGUUUUGGACCAGAACGACAACGCACCUAUUAUUGUAUCCCCACUGCCCAAAAACGGCACAGUGGCCACAGAGGUGGUUCCGCGGUCAGUGGACGCUGGCUAUCUGGUUACCAAAAUAACAGCGUUAGACGCUGACGCAGGGCAAAACUCCCGGCUAUCCUAUCAGGUGUUGCAGGCUACAGAUCCAGGGCUGUUCAGUGUGGCUCUGUACACGGGGGAAAUCAGGACUAUUCGCCGGUUAGUUGAAAAAGACACAACAAGACAAAGACUAGUAAUAUUAGUCAAGGACAACGGACAGCCGCCGCUCUCCGCUACCGUCUCUAUUGUCCUCACAGUGGUAGACAGCGUGCCCGAGUCCCUGUCAGAUUUCGGAGACCUCACACUCAGCCCACAGCCCCCCUCAAACCUCGCUCUCUACUUGAUCGUGUCACUGAGCACCAUAUCUUUAAUAUUCUUGGUGGCUAUUAUCGUGCUAGCUGCGGUUAAGUGCUACAAGGACAGAGAAACCAUCAGCGGGUACAACCUCCCCCCGUUCGCCUGCUGCUGUUGCGGGGGGUUUCAGCCCGAGCCGCCCCCAGAUGUGUUCAAAAAAUCCAACCUCAACCUGCAGAUUUCAUCCGCGGCCAAAGUGCCCACGAACUGUAUGGAGGUGAAUGGAAACAGUAGUCUCUCUCAGUCAUAUUGUUAUAAAGUGUGCCUGACCCCUGAAUCAGCCAAAAGUGACUUUAUGUUUUUGAAGCCGUGCAGUCCAGGUAGCACGCCGAGGAACAAUGAGGCGAAGAGCGCAGAAAACUCGUGGAACGCGCAAAGCCGGAGCGCAUCUGUGAACAACGGAGCGACUACCCCCAACGAGCUGAAGCAGCCAAACACAGACUGGACUCUCACAAAGAAUCAGAAUUCCUCCAUUAAAAGCUAUAACUCAAUUAACAUGGAUGGCACCCUCAUGCGUAAGGCUAUGCAUGCAGACCCAGAAAACUAUGUCACCUCCAUGGCACCUGGACAGUAUUGGACCUGGGGCACCCACAUGAGGGAAUAUAAGAUGUCUCCUUCAACAAGUGGAGUCCACUCUCGUCCCUGGACUCCUCGGUGCACGCCUCCUCCCCAACAGCAGCAGCCAGUGAUCCCACCCCACCCUCACCCACACCCACACCCACACCCACACCCACACCCACACCCACACCCACACCCACACCCACACCCACACCCACACCCACAACCACACCCACACCCACACCCACAUCCACCUCCUGACUAUCAUCACAAUGUGUACAUCCCUGGGACACCAUCAGGCUUCUGCACCUUGAGGCCCGCUGUACAGCGAAGUGAGCUCGAUGUCCACAACUCUUUCUCCACCUUUGGCAAGAAGCGGCGUCUUCAGAUGUCUCCCCAGGGAGAGGCUGCAAUGAUAAAUAAUGACUUGUACAAUGACUGA